AUGGGGCGACUUUUUUCAUUGUCCUCAAUGCUGACGGUGGUGGUGGUGACCUCUUGGCUUAUCAUAGUGGCAGCCACUAACACUUCAGAAGCAAAAAGCUGCUCGGAUUGUCACAGCAACGCCACCUGCGUGGAGGACGGAGUGGCCACGACGUGCUCCUGCCAGGAGGGCUUCACAGGCGACGGCUUCCAGUGCCUGGACCUGGACGAGUGCGCCACCCCUGAGACCCACAACUGCUCAGCCGGCAGCAGCUGCGUGAACACGCCUGGCUCCUACGCCUGCCUGUGCCUCCCGGGCUUCCGCAUGACGCCCGAGGGCGGCUGCACGGACGUGGAUGAGUGUGCGGAGCCCGGGCUCAGCCGCUGCCACGCCUUGGCCGCCUGUGUCAACCUUGAGGGCAGCUACUCGUGUGUGUGCCCUUCGGGCUACAGCGGGGAUGGGUGGUACUGUGAGUGCGGGCCGGGCGCCUGCGGGCCGGGGCUGGACUGCUUGCCCGCGGAGGGCGGCGCGCGCGUGUGCCUUGAUCCGUGCCAGGAGCACAGCGUCCUGGACGAGUAUUGGCGCAGCACGGCCUACCGUGCCGGCUACACCUGCGACUCGGGCCUGGACGGCUGGUACCGCUUCGUGGGCCAGGGCGGCGUGCGCCUGCCGGAGACCUGCGUGCCGGUGCUGCGCUGCAACACGGCCGCGCCCAUGUGGCUCAACGGCACGCACCCGUCCACCGAAGAUGGCAUAGCGAACCUCACGGCCUGCGCGCACUGGAGCGGCAGCUGCUGUCAGUGGGACGCACCCGUCCAGGUGAAGGCCUGCCAUGGCGGCUACUACGUCUACCACCUAAUGGCGCCCCCAGAGUGUCAUCUGGCCUACUGCACAGAUCCUAGCUCGGUGGAGGGGAGGUGUGAGGAAUGCAGCGUAGAGGAGGACUGCAAAUCGGAUAACGGCAGAUGGACCUGCCAGUGUAAACCGGACUUCAACAUCUCAGAUGUCUCCCACCUGGACCCCAAGCUGGAGUGUGGGGCCAAUGACAUCAAGGUAUCCCUGGGCAAGUGCCAGCUGAAGAGUCUGGGUUUUGAGAAGAUCUUCAUGUACCUACAGGACAGCCGGUGCUUCGGUUUCAAUGAGAGGAGUGACAGGGACUGGGUGUCUGUGGUGACCCCAGUGCAGGAUGGUCCUUGUGGGACUGUGAUGACGAAGAAUGAAACCCACGCCACAUACAGCAACACCCUCUACCUGGCUGAUGAGAUCAUCAUCCGUGACCUCAACAUCAAGAUCAACUUUGCAUGCUCCUACCCCCUGGACAUGAAAGUCAGCCUGAAGACCUCCCUGCAUCCAAUGGUCAGUUCCCUGAACAUCAGCGUGGGUGGGACAGGCAUGUUCACCGUGCGAAUGGCCCUCUUCCAGAACCCUGCCUACACGCUGCCCUACCAAGGCUCCUCUGUGACACUGUCCACUGAGGCCUUUCUCUAUGUGGGCACCAUGCUGGAUGGGGGUGAUUUGUCCCGCUUUGCACUGCUGAUGACAAACUGCUAUGCCACGCCCACUGGCAAUGCCACAGACACUGUGAAAUACUUCAUCAUCCGGGACAGCUGCCCAAAUCUACAGGAUUCCACAAUCUACGUGGAGGAAAAUGGAGUGUCCUCAGAAAGCCGGUUCUCUGUUCAGAUGUUCAUGUUUGCUGGAAAUUAUGACCUAGUUUUCCUGCAUUGUGAGGUUCAUCUCUGCGAUUUCCUUAAUGAGCAGUGCGAACCGUCUUGCUCAAGAAGUAGACUCCGCAAUGAUGCAGUGGCCAUUGACUUAGCCCAUGUUCUAGAUUUGGGACCCAUUACUCGGAAAGGUGUGGCCUUCAUCCUCAUGGUUCGAGAUGGCAGCCAGAGCUCCAGCCUUCAUAUCUGUCCAGGAAGGUGA